AUGGCUAACCGUAAGGGACUUCCGAAGCCUUUCCUUUGCCUCGCUCUCGUCAUCUUGUACGCAGCGGCACCGGGAGGAAUGAGGUCGUUCCUGCAGGCCGUGUCUACGGUCACCGAGGAGGCGCCGACGCCGCUCCGCGUCGUCCAGAUGGAGGGCCUGGCCGUACUGAAGAUCAUUAAGCACUGUGAGGAGUUUGCGCCUGCUCUAGUUACAGGUCAAUUGCUUGGUUUGGAUGUUGGUAGUGUUCUGGAAGUGACCAACUGUUUUCCCUUCCCUAUCAGAGAAGAGGAUGAUGAAGCAGAUGCAGAUGGUGCCAAUUAUCAGCUUGAGAUGAUGAGGUGUUUGAGGGAAGUUAACGUUGACAAUAAUACUAUUGGAUGGUAUCAGUCUUGCUUGCUUGGAUCUUUUCAAACUGUGGAACUGAUUGAAACAUUUAUGAACUAUCAGGAGAAUAUCAGGAGAUGUGUGUGCAUUGUCUAUGACCCAUCCAGAUCUAGUCAAGGCGUGCUAGCCCUCAAAGCCUUAAAGCUUACAGACUCGUUUAUGGAUCUUUACCGUAACAAUGGUUUAACUGGGGAGAAGUUAAGAGAGAAGAAAUUGUCCUGGGUUGAUAUUUUUGAGGAGAUACCAAUUAAAGUUUCCAACUCAGCGCUUGUCAGUGCCUUCAUGAAGGAGCUGGAACCUGAGUCACCAGUUACUCAGUGUGACUUUGAGAGACUUAAAUUGUCAACUGCUCCCUUUAUGGAAAGGAACUUGGAAUUUCUGAUUGGGUGCAUGGAUGAUCUUUCAUCAGAGCAGAACAAGUUCCAAUAUUAUUACCGCAACCUCUCAAGACAACAGUCACAGCAGCAGGCAUGGCUUCAAAAGAGAAGGCAGGAGAACAUGGCAAGAAAAGCAGCUGGUGAGGAGCCACUGCCAGAAGAAGAUCCGUCAAAUCCUAUCUUUAAGCCUGUUCCUGAGCCAUCACGAUUGGACGGUUAUCUUGUAACCAAUCAGAUCUCCAGUUACUGCAACCAUAUCAACGGGGUUGCUGGCCAGAAUUUCAACAGGCUAUACCUGAUGAAGGCCUUGCAUGAGGAUUAG